UUCAUAUUUGAGUGGUUUUGAUAUUUUGUCUCCGAAAAAAACAACCGAAAUCUCACGAAUUAAGCAUAAGAUUCCCCUAUGAACUAAAUCAGUGUGUUCAUAAAGCAAUAAUGAGUGGUUCAGACUCAGAAAUGUCAGAUGACAACCUGGAUGGUGCUGUUUGCGAGCAACUUUGUCAAGAGUUUGCUGGCAUAACUGGAACGGAUUCUGCACUUGCCAUGUAUUUCCUGCAAAAUAGAAAGUGGAAUUUGCAGAAUGCCCUCAAUAUGUUCUUUGAAGAAUUCGAUAAGAAAGAUGGGCCGUUCAUUUUAGGAGACAAGAGUGAAGUAUUUAAAAAACCCGCCGAGUCUGGUGCCACUGGCUCAGCAGGACCUGUCAAGGUUGUGUCCUUGACCUUCAAUCCUGGAGGAGACGGUGCUCAAUCAUCAAAUGCAACUCGACCUGAUGUUGUACAUGGUGCCUCACAGAAUAAUCGGGAUCGGGAUCGGGAUCGGGAUCGGAAUCGUAUACGUCUUUUGUCCUGGAACAUCGACGGACUGGACACCAAUAACAUAUUCACCAGGACGAAGGCUGUUUGUGAUUUGAUCAAAAAAGAGAACCCAGAUGUUGUGUUUCUGCAAGAGGUUGUCCCCAAUACUUAUCGUGUGAUCAAAGAAUCAUUGGCCGACUACCUAAUGAUCCCGGGAAAUGAUGAGGGGUACUUCACGGCCAUUUUGCUGAGGCGUACAACAGUUGAAUGUGAAUCACAUGAGGUCCUUCAAUUCUACACCAGUAUGAUGGCGAGAAAUCUACUGGUAGUCGAGGCGAAGGUUAAAGGCAAGUCCUUCAAGCUGAUGACGUCCCACUUAGAAAGUACCAAAGAUCAUGCCGAGGAGCGGAUUCGACAACUGAAAACGGCAUUUAAAAUGAUGGAGGAUGCUCCCGCUAGUCAAACAGUCAUUUUUGGAGGUGACUGCAACCUUAGGGACAAAGAGCUACAGUCAAUAGGUGGCACCCCACCUGAUAUCCAUGAUGUUUGGGAAUUGACGGGGAAGCGGAGAAUGGCUCAGUUUACCUGGGAUCAGCAAAGAAAUGAUAAUCUUGGCAUGGACGGGAAAUUCAAGCCAAAGUUACGGUUCGAUCGAAUCUACAUACGUUCAAGUGAUCCCAUGUGUGUGAAGCCGGUUUAUUUUGAACUCGUUGGACUUGAGAGGGUUCCAGCUUGUAAGAGAUUCCCGAGUGAUCAUUGGGGGAUACUGACUCAUUAUGAUAUCAAAUGAGAUCUCUGAUUCCCCAGGUCAAUAUUUGAUUGUUUAAAUGUCGCUCUCCAAUUGCAUUUUUUAACGAUUCCAACCUCGAUUUCGCUGCAUUUUUAAGCGUAUGACUGCAUGACUAUCAGUGUUGGCAAAUUUAAAGAAAGGGGAUGUGAUCCAUGCAAAGUAACACAUACUGAGUAGUAAUCCCUCUCGAAUUAGGGCAUCUUGACUCACAAGACUCACAAGGCUACGCAAUCGCAAGGACUGCCUGUUAGAAGGGUGGGGGUUAGACUUAUGUGGGCAAUAUUCGUUCUGGGUGUGCCUGUGUAUGCUUUUGUAUGUCCCAUCUUAGAUUUUGCCCAUGCCAUGCUUUUGCUCUAUAUGUUACUGUGAUUCUGAAUUAAAAUAAUAAAAGGUACUUCUUUUUACUCUUUUCCAUGAGUUACAGAACUAGCAUCAAUAUCGUUGAGCCAAUUAGCAAAGUAUUAGUGGUUGAAAUGUUUUGACUUUAGCCAAAUUUCCAAGGUCAUAGAGGUCAAAUUCUCUGUAACCAUAUUCCUGC